CGUUGUGGUUGAUGACUCGUGACCGCCGGAAGACUGUCGGUGCGGUACUUGUCGUGCUCGUCUGGGGUCGCACAGGUGUUCUUUCUAUGCUGGUAAGCUUGGCAGCGCGAAGCGUCUGGCUCUCUUCCUCUCGUGCGGCUGUUGCAGCGCAUCAUCAGCAGUCACACCGCUGCUCAGCGCGAGCAGUUGCGUGGGCGCCUGGGAGUCAGUGCCACGCCACUUGGAGACGAGGAAGGCAAGCUUGUUCAAUGUCGACGACGUCGAGAGUUAUUCCGUCGGCGUCAGAAGACCUUCAACAAAGGGACAGUACCGGCAAUGCGUCUUGCGAAGACGGAGUUACCCCCGCUGGCGAACGGGCCACCACUGCUACCGCGGUGUUGGGGCGCGUGGUGCCUGCCGAGGAGCCGUGGCUAACGGAAGCCGGAGCUCGGCUUCGUUCGGGCAAGCUGGUAGCGUUUCCCACAGAAACCGUGUACGGGUUGGGUGCUAAUGCUCUCUCAGAGGACGCCGUGCUCAAGAUAUUCCAGGCCAAGCAACGGCCGCUGACGGACCCGCUAAUCGUGCACGUUCCCGACACGGCGGGCGCCCUUGCCGUGGUAGACUUCGAGGUUGAGGGGGGCGGAGGGCAAAAAGCGCGGCGGCUCUUGGACCUUCUUGGCGAGAAGUUGUGGCCUGGCCCACUAACGCUAAUCGCCAAGGCCGACAAGAAGGUGCCGCCGUGCAUCACGGCCGGUACGGGCUUCGUGGGUGUUCGCUGCCCCGCGCAUCCCGUAACACGGCAGCUUUUGUCAAUUGCCGGCGUGCCCGUGGCGGCCCCAAGCGCAAACCGAUUCGGCCACGUCAGCCCCACCCAGGCAAUGCACGUGAUGGAAGACUUGGGGGGAAGCGAUAUCCUCGUCUUGGAUGGCGACACCUCCGGGGCUUGUGGUGUGGGCAUCGAGUCCACCGUCGCCAAGAUUGACGCCGCCAACGACCGAAUUUUGAUACUGAGGAUGGGCGGCGUUACCCAGGAUCGAAUACGAGACGCGCUGAAGGAGGGCGGGGAAGAGUUUUCGGGGAUAAGCGUGUACGCGGGUUCGGUUGCGGGAGGGAAAACGGAAGCGAAGGGUGAAGAGGAGAGAGAACGGGAGGCGCGAGGGUCUUUGAAGGAUGAGCCUGCGAAGGACGAAGGGCAAGCACCAGGGUUGAUGAGACAGCUGUGCGCGAUAUCGGAUGCCACCACAGGGCAGCUCCUGCGGCAUUAUUCGCCAGACCUGGAGGUUUUCCGGGUGUUGGGAGCAACGCCCGGCAGCACCAGCGGCCGCAUGGUUGGGGGUGGAGAGCUUGCCGAUCUUGCGAGCAUGGCGAGGACAAGCGUUGUCGUUGACUUUGCCGGGCAGCUCAAGGGGUUGCAAGCAUCCGCUGUGGCGUACUCCGAUCUGUCUAUCGAAGGCAGUGCAGAUGAGGCUGCGAAAGGGCUGUUUCGGGCUCUCAGAUGGGCAGAAACACAGCCAUCGGCGCAGCGACUUCUCAUCGCCGGUCUCCCGAGCAAAAGCAACGGCGACAUGGCGGCUGCCGUCAACGAUCGUAUUUAUCGCUCCGCAUCUGGGAAAACCAUCUCCGUGGAGUAAGCACAGUCUACGAAACCCAACCCUUCAGCGCUCCAGUGGGGCAGCUCCAAAGAAGCGCAUGAUUCACGAUAUGGGACUGUUGUUCAUGUGGACAGUGUACCCCCACCGUUACAAUUAAGUCCAUCAACAGCACCAUUGGAAUGGGCGGGACUCCAGCUGUAUCCGGGGUAGGGCUGCACUAUUCGGGUACGUAUCGGUGAAGUUGCACAUGCUCAUGGUGUAACCAUGGCUUGCUUGCGUAGAUGCGAGGGUAGUGAGAGUGUUAAAGCAACCAAAGGUCGAAGGCCACGGGGC